AGCUUUUACAAGAAAAGGAAAUGGAUUCCAAAUCUGUGGAAGAGUUUUCUUGUCCCGUUUGCUGUGAAAUCUUCAAGGAUCCUGUUAUUCUGUCCUGCAGUCACAGUUUCUGUAAAGAGUGUCUUCAACAGUUCUGGAGAACCAAGAAAACUCAGGAGUGUCCAGUCUGCAGGAGAAUAUCGUCAAAAGCAGAGCCUCCACGUAAUUUAGCGUUAAAAAACUUGUGUGAUUCACUGAUAAAGGAGAGAAACGAGAGGCGCUCAUCAGGAUCUGAGGAGAUCUGCAGUUUACACAGAGAGAAACUCAAACUCUUCUGUCUGGAGGACAAACAGCCGGUGUGUUUAGUGUGCAGAGACUCAGAGAAACACGUCAAUCACACAUUCAGACCCAUCAGUGAAGUGCUUCCAUCUCACAAGGCACAAAUGGGACUACUUCAUGAGAAUGAUCAUACGUCAUACAAUUGACAAAAACUAUGAAAACUUCCAAAUAGGUCUGCAC